AUGCGGAGAAAGCCUUUUCAACAGAAGAUUCGAAGGAACCUCGAAAAGGAUAUAUGGGAUGAAGAAUACGGCCAGGGCAAUAUUUGGUUGCUUGCCUGUCAAGCCGAGUUCCUGCGGCAUACUCAUAGUCAACGCAUUUCCAACGUUGAAAGGCUACAACGUAGAUCACGAACAGCAUUGGUAACACAUGCCAGUCAAUCUUUCACAUCAGCUCAGCUUCCUCUCUGCGUGACAGGAUGCCAGACACAGACGCCUCCGCCACUGAAGGCUCAGCAAGCUCACACACUGAUUCACUUGGUGUGGGCGGCGACAGGCCAUGGCCAUACGAUUUCUUCUCGAGGUAAUGCACCAUUUUUGCUUUGUGAUGGUGCUAUUCAUGCGGGCGGCGCUACGCAAGUUGCCCAACUUUUUGCGGAGUACAACGGUGAGGAGCCGCAGCAAUGA